CUGCCGUUCUUAUUAUACCUCAGUGGUCAAUGGUUAUUUACACAUUUGGCUGGUGCUAGCAAACACUGAGCUUUGGAAGCUUGUCGGCUCGGUGUUUAAUGUAUUGCAUUGGGAAAGAAACAGACCAUUUAUGCAUGGCAAUGUUGUGAGCAAACACGUAGCAUAAGUCCUAAAGAAGAGGUGUCAGUUUCUCGAGUCAAGAGAACAUCUUUUGACAGCGAGCGAGGGGCAAUCUUGGCUUGGGUUCGGUACACGGGCAUGGCAGCGGCAACAGUGGUCGAGAAUGAUCCGACGGCGAACGAAGGCGGUGCCGCAUCAUUCUCGGAGCCGGAGGUCCACAGCCCUAUCUGGAACGACUCUCAACUUCGAAAGUAUCCUUUCCAGACCAGACCGAUACCCAGACUCUCUCACACGGAUCCUAGAGCUGAGAUGCUCAUAAACAACGAGCAACCAGUGGUUUUAACAGACACCAAUCUAGUGUAUCCGGCUCUCCAGUGGGACAUCCCGUACCUGCAGGAGAACAUUGGAAACGGGGACUUUUCUGUGUACAUCGCGGAAAACCACAAAUUCCUCUACUAUGACGAGAAGAAAAUGGCCAACUUUGAGAACUUUGUACCCAAGUCUCGACGGAUAGACAUGAAAUUCUCGGAUUUUGUGGAGAAAAUGCGUAAAACGCAGGAAGAGGGAGGAGAUGAGAGGGUGUACCUGCAGCAGACACUGAAUGACACAGUGGGCAGGAAGAUUGUGGUGGACUUCCUGGGUUUCAACUGGAACUGGAUCACCAAGCAGCAGAGCAAGAGAAACUGGGGCCAGCUCACCUCCAACCUGCUGCUCAUAGGCAUGGAGGGCAACGUGACGCCAGCCCAUUACGAUGAGCAGCAGAACUUCUUUGCACAAAUCAAAGGUUACAAGAGGUGCAUCCUGUUCCCUCCCGACCAGUUUGAGUGUCUCUACCCCUUCCCUGUUCACCACCCCUGUGACAGACAGAGCCAGGUUGACUUUGAGAACCCUGACUAUGAGAGGUUUCCCAACUUCAAGAAUGUGUCGGGCUAUGAGACUGUGGUGGGCCCUGGAGAUGUUCUCUACAUCCCCAUGUACUGGUGGCACCACAUUGAGUCCCUGUUGAGUGGUGGAGUGACCAUCACUGUCAACUUCUGGUACAAGGGUGCGCCCACGCCCAAGAGGAUCGAGUACCCACUGAGAGCUCAUCAGAAGGUGGCCAUCAUGAGAAACAUAGAGAAGAUGCUGGGGGAGGCACUGGGAGACCCACACGAGGUUGGCCCUUUAUUGAACAUGAUGAUUAAAGGCCGCUAUGACCAGGGAUUCAGCUAGAGCUACUGCCUCAGAACUGUCUGUGUGUGUAUUUGUGUGAGUGAGUGUGCCCAGGCCUGAUUGUGUGUUUGUAGGUGAGCAUGUGUGUGCAGACACGUGUUUGUGCAUUCGGACUGUUAAGCUAGCAGUGACUUGGCCAAUCAGCCAUUUUGACUGUUUUGAUUGUCUGGGAGCCAUAAUCAUCACAACUUCAGCUACCAGUGGGAAGACAAUAGUGGACAUCGGACCAGCCAUGGAGACCCACAUGCAGUGUGCUGUCAGAGAGGGAUGAACUGUGUAAACUACACAAUGUAGAGUUGUGGUAUUUUAGAGGGAGUGGAGUGAUAGGCAACCGCUGUAGAUGUCAAAGAAUAAACCCCCAAACACCCUCAAAGUGAAAGUUGCCCAUAAUUAAUCAUUGAUGCAGGGUCAGAUAUUGGACAUUUUAUCAUCACACCCAAUAGGAUUGGGAAAAUCUGAUCCUAGAUCUGUAGUUGGGGGCAAUUUCUACCUUGAACACUAAACAGGUGUGUGUGUUGGGUGGUUGUUAGUCAUAACCAACAAGAUACUCCCUUCGUCUAUUUAACCGUUCCCCUGUCAUUACAGUUUGUAACCAUAGCAACACACCUGCAGCUUGAAUAUUAAAUAGGGAAUAGCUGUGUAGUAACUAAAGUAGGCCUACUUAUUUUGUGACAAACUUCUCAAUGAAUUUGCGACACAUGCACCCCGAAAGAGAUGAGUCAUAUUCUUGUUCUGUUGACUAGGUCAGUAAGCUGAUUUUUGUUUCUGUAUAAUU